AAGGAAGGAGAAAGAGAGGGUGAGAAAGAGGGAGCCCUCCGCCUGGCGGAGACCGAGGAGCGCGAGGAGGUCCCCGUCGCGCGCGAGCUGCUUUUUUUGGCGAGCGUCGCCGACAUGAGCCAGACGAGCCGCGGGCGAGCGAGUCGCGUCACCAGUCGCACGAACGGCCCCGUCAGCUGAUCGUUUAUCGCACAACGAAAUGUGAGGUGUAGCGAGCGUGUUACCUACUACCUGUCUACCUACCUACCUGUCUACCUACCUACCUACCUACCCACCUGCCUACCUACCUAACGUCAAGCCACCAGAACCGUGUCGCGUACUCGCUCUCGCGCAUCCGCCGCGGCCGCUCCGCGUGCAAACUGUGUGAGACUGCAAGCGUGACCCCGCGCGCGCCAAGUGCUGACGGGCGGGAAGGCGCGCACACACACCUGGGCGCAUACUCUCUGGCACCGGUUUUUAGAGUUUACAUGGGAACAUGGGGAACAAGAAUAGCUGUUGCGUCUACUCCAGUCCACAGGUCGGGCGCAAGGAGGUCGGGCCCGAGUGCGCCACGCGCAACCUGGAGGAGCACCUGCCCGAGGGUGGGAUUAGCGUUAAUAAUUUGCAACAUAUCAGUGAACGCGAGCCGGAGGACUGGGACUCCGAUCCGUCGUUGCACCCGUGCGCUGGCACUAUCUUCAUGGAGCGCUCCAAGCAAGCUAUCGAGAAUGGCAUGGUGAGGAAGAAGAGCCAACAUCAAAUAGCGGACACAAGGCCUUUGAAGAAGAGUAGCAGCUGCAGUACAAUAUAUUUAGACGACAGCACGGUUUCACAACCUAACUUGAAAAAUACCGUCAAAUGCGUUGCCUUAGCCGUUUAUUACCAUAUUAAGAAUAGAACGUCGCAGCGACAGAUCGACAUAUUUGAUGAGAAACUGCAUCCGUUAACGAGGGACGGUGUUUCGGAGGAUUACGACAAGCAUAAUCCGGAGCACAAGCAGAUAUACAAAUUUAUAAGGACGCUGUUCAACGCCGCUCAGCUCACCGCUGAAUGUGCCAUCAUAACGUUGGUUUACCUUGAACGCCUACUUACUUACGCAGAAAUAGACAUAACGCCGGCUAACUGGAAGCGCAUAGUGCUGGGAGCUAUUUUGUUGGCGUCCAAAGUUUGGGACGAUCAGGCGGUGUGGAACGUGGACUACUGUCAAAUACUGAAGGACAUCACGGUGGAAGACAUGAACGAAUUGGAGAGGCAAUUUCUGGAGAUGCUGCAAUUUAACAUAAAUGUUCCUUCGAGUGUAUAUGCCAAAUACUACUUUGAUCUUCGUACACUCGCGGAAGCGAACGAAUUGACAUUCCCGAGCGAGCCGCUUAGCAAGGAGAAGGCGCAGAAGCUGGAGGCGAUGUCCAGGGUUUACGAGGACAAGGUCACGGCCGAGGCUCUACGUACCGGUAUUAAAAAGUGGUCCAGCUUAGACAAUGUGUGCAUAGGCGGACCUAGGCGUAGCAUCGCUAUUUUAUCUUAAAACAUACGUAUGGAUGUAAAACACGGAUGUUAAAACACGAAAGGGGCGUGUGGGUGCACUGCUCAGAUUUUAAAUGGAGGUACGUGAAAAAGGGAAGAAAUUUGUAGAGACGUUCGUUGUUACCGAUCGAUUUUAAUGAUUUUUGAAAGAGAGAUCGUUUGGAUUCUACCAAACGCUUGUGUUACAUCUCCGUUAUUGAUUAUUGAUGGGAUAUAUUCGAUGUAUUGUAUACAUCUCUCUCUCUCUCUCUCUCGCGGCAAACCGUUUUUACAUAGUGUCCAAACUAGAUGUAAAAAUAUCGCAUGUACCGUACCGUACCGUGCGGCUAAGUUGUACCAUAACGGAAGAAUUUCCAUUGUUUGCAAUAACAAUCUUUAAUCAUUAUAUAUAUAUAUACUCUAAAAAUUUAGACGUUUCUCAAUUCAGUUAUAAUUUCCAAUAAUACAAUAUUUGCAUUCUUGUUAUCUGUACUAAAGAAUCGUGAGGCGCGUCGAUAGAGAAAAAGAUUUUAGAUUGGUCUUUGUUCUAAGAUACAUUUCCUAAACCACUUUGAUUUUGCUCGUGUUGUAUCACGCUAAAAUUACUUAAAAAAAAAAAGAAAGAUUUAAAUAUUAAUCUUAUUUAUCAAUAAAUAUCAAUCACGUUUCUGUUAAUUGUGCAAAGAUUCUACUGUCUGGGACCUUAUAAUGUGGAUAUAUAACAAAGCAUACGAGAAUGUGAGGCGUAUUGACGAAAAACAAAAGGGUGAGAAAGGAAAAAGUUUUUAGUCGUAGCAUUAUCUGUACUGUCCUUAUAGGAGAAAAUAACUUGUGAUAUAUAUUAGUCAACUAUUCAUUAUCCAAAGCAUUUUAUAUAUUGACUGAAUUUAAUAAGAAUCAAACUUACGGCUGAUUUACUAAUAAUAUUCUAAAAGAUGAAGAUAUAUGCAGCAUGCUUCAAAUUAAAGAUCAUUGAUAUUUGUUAAUAAAACGCUAUGUAAUUUAUCGAGAUAAUCCAAUUAGAAAUUUGCAAGCUAUAAUGCAUGUCGCCUUGAUAUUUGAUCGAAAUUAUACUUUUAAGUGUAUUAAUAUAUUUCUUUUUGAUUUGCUUCUAUUUUCUCACUGUCGUGUACAUCGAAAAAUUAUUACAUGAGAAAGAAAUUAUCAUGGAUUUAGAGAAUUAAGAUUAUACUCUUUUUUUUUAAUACAUAUUAUAUUUCUAUGUACUUUUUUUCUGAUAUAUUUCUGUAAUGUCAGCACACACCAUUGUUUGUUUUCAUUUUACUUUGAUUUAGAAUUAUUAACAUUAUUAUUAGUACAAUUUGCUUUAAUCAACAAAUGUAUAGCGUAAUAAUAAUUUGUUAAAAAAAUUUUUGACACUUUAAUUAAAUAUAUCGGAUUUGAUAGGUGAUUUACGUACUUUGAAUGAUAGUACAUAGCAAGAGAACACCAUUUACAAUAAGUAUACUAUAAUAGCGUUAAAUAUUAGCAAAUCAGCCUUUAUAGCUUAUUAAGAAUGAAAAGGCACGGAUAAAUUAGUCUGAAUAAUUGCUUUUAUAUGGCGCUACUUCCAUGGAUUUAUAACUUUAGAUAAUGCGCGAGAUAAGGAUAAGCCAUGAUAUCAGGGUUUACAUCUUUUUUUCUCUUAUAAGAUUACUCAGUCUGACAAGGUUAUUCACAUUAUUAAAUGAUGGAAUUUCAUUUGUAAUCAAUCUAUUCUGUCAGGAUUAUUGGAAAGAGAGUUAACUUGAUGAUAUUAUAUAAGUCCACGUUUCGUUUGUUCUUUUCAUAAUGCAAUACGCAUUACUUUUAGAUGCUUUACAGGUGUUGAAUAAACAUUCAACAGUCUUUUUAAUGUAAUAAAGAAAUCGCGAACAUCACACAUUUCUAUGGCCGUAAAAAACUGCUGUAAAGUAUUUAAUUCUGACAGCUACGUAAAAUAUUCAUUUCUACGUAAAGCAUGCAAUUAAAUCUUCCAAAGAUCAUCGAGGAACACGCUCACUAAAGAAGGGAAAGGAAACUUAGAAGUUGUAUCAUAUUCACAUUUUACUGUAUGACAAGGUGAAAUUGGAAUACCAUUAAAGUACCAUUAAUAUAAUAUAAUCGUGUAUCAUACGUGCUACUAAUUGUGUACGAUAUAAUUUAAUAUUUUGUACCUACCGGUUAGAACUUUAAAUAUUAAGAUAAGUCUUACAUUGUAUGACUGUCGUUACGUCUGUAAGAAUUAAAGUGUAAUCUGAGAGUUCCGUUGGAUUUUCAGAACGCCGUUGACGGAGGAGGAAUAAUUACGAUUUAUUAUUAUUUUUAUAUUUUAUUACAUGAAAGUCAGAGUGUUGAAACGGUCGAAUUUAUAAUAAGAGCGGCUGUAAAGUCCAAUUGUACGUGGGGGGAGUAAACGAAAUGUGACGUGCGUGUGUCUCGGCUUUUGACGCAUUGUACAGCUAUAUGCCGAAUCGACGAAGCGUAAUAUGUAACAUAUUUGCAAUUUCUGUCCAUAUUACAGUUUUUCAUUUUCGCCUGUCCGAUGAAUAAAGAUAUAUUUUUACUGCAUUAUUAUAUAUCAUAGGUAAACUACGUACGUACAUACACACGCUAUGUACGCUGCGGUAGUGUUUAUACAACUUUACAGAGCAAUUAAUAACACUGUGCGAUGCCAAAAUGUUGUUAAAAUUAUAAUGUAUAGACUAUUGCACAUCACACACACACACACACACACAUAACACGGAAAGAAUGUGUACUGCACUGUGGUUUUCGUUUGUUUUUCAAUCACGAUUCUGAUUUUUCCGACAAAAAAUCUUUAUAGAACUUUUCACACGCGCAUGACUAUUUUUAUAAAUAGAUAUUCAUUAUGAAGACAAUCUUCGAGUCUUAUUGCGUCCUGUAAAUAAAUUGCCGAAUUCGUAUAAGAUUCGUAUAAACGUGUGUAUCAUAAACCGUACCACUUUGUUAGUAGUUACCCGAGCACUGGAUAAAAAAAAAAAGAAAAGAAAAACAAAACAUUUGCGCUUGAAGGUGAUAUUUCAUAUGUAGGGUCGCCUUUAAGUCUUCCAUCCUAUAGCGUCUGUACAGAUUCCUACGAUACUUUUAACUUUACGUAAUAAAUAUAUUACGUUUUAACAUAUUAUGAGACCGAUGCUUUUAUAUAAUAUGAAUUUGUGAUAAAUAGAUUUACCAAUACAUUAAUAAUAUCGUUUUGUACAUAUACAUAUAAAUAUCUGCAUAAAAAGAAAACACGCCUGUAUCUAUUUUCAUUGUAAAUCUUAUUGUCCAAUUACAGAGCAGAUAUUGUAAGGCUAUGAAAUUUACACUCUGUCGCAUCUUUCACGUUUACUGAAA